CCUCCGAGGCACUUCCGGGCCCGGGCAUCCGUGCACGCGCGCCGGGAACCCAGGCCUAGCCGCGUCCCCCGGGGCACUUCCGGGCCCGGGCAGCGCGGGAGUCGGCGCCGGGGCUGCUGGGCGUCAUGGCGGACGCGGGGUCCGGCGUGCGGCGCUCGCUGCUUCAGCUGCAGGAGUCCCUGUCCGCGGCCGACCGCUGCGGAGCGGCGGUGGCCAGUUGUCAGCUGCUGCGGGGCCUGGGGCAGGAGUGCGUGUUGGGCUCCGGCCCCGCGCUGCUGGCAUUACACACUUCCUUAGUUUUUUCCAAAGAUUUUGGUUUGCUUGUAUAUGUUCGGAAAUCACUUAGCGUUGAUGAAUUUCGUGAUUGUAGAGAAGAAGCCCUAAAGUUUUUAUGUGUCUUCUUAGAAAAAAUUGGCCAGAGGAUUACACCUUAUUCUCUUGAUGUUAAGAAUACUUGUACCAGUGUUUACACAAAAGAUAAAGCUGCUAAAUGUAAAAUUCCAGCUCUAGAACUUCUUAUUAAGUUACUCCAGGCUUUGAGAAGUUCUAGCCUCAUGGACGAGUUUAGAGUUGGGGAGCUAUUUACCAAAUUCUAUGGAGAACUUGCACUGAAAACAAAAAUACCAGAUACAGUGUUAGAAAAGAUAUAUGAGCUCCUCGGAGUAUUAGGUGAAGUUCAUCCCAGUGAGAUGGUAACUAACUCAGAUAAACUCUUCCGGGCUUUUCUGGGUGAACUUAAGACCCAGACGAUGUCAGCAGUGAGGGAGCCCAAACUUCCGGUUCUGGCAGGGUGUCUGAAGGGACUGGCUUCACUUAUGUGUAACUUCACUAAAUCCAUGGAAGAAGAUCCCCAGACUUCAAGGGAGAUUUUUGAUUUUGCAUUCAAGGCAAUCCGUCCUCAGAUUGACCUGAAGAGAUACGCAGUGCCUUUGGCUGGCUUGUCCUUAUUUAUCCUCCAUGCGUCUCAGUUUAGCACCUGCCUUCUGGACAACUACAUUUCUUUAUUUGAAGUAAUGUCGAAAUGGUGUAGCCACACACAUGUAGAAUUGAAAAAAGCUGCAUAUUCAGCUCUGGAAUCUUUUCUGAAACAGGUUUCUUUUAUGGUAGCAAACGACGCAGAGGCGCACAGGAGUAAGCUGCAGUACUUCAUGGAGCAGUUCUAUGGGAUCAUCAGAAACGUGGACGCGCACAGCAAGGACUUGUCCAUCGCCAUCCGUGGAUAUGGACUGUUUGCGGGGCCUUGCAAGGUUAUAAACGCAAAAGACGUUGACUUCAUGUUCAUGGAGCUUGUUCAGCGCUGCAGACAGCUGUUCCUCACUGAGACGGAAACGGCCGAGGACCACAUCUACCAGAUGCCCAGUUUCCUCCAGUCUAUUGCCAGUGUCUUGCUUCACCUUGAUACAGUUCCUGAGGUCCACAUGCCAGUUCUGGAGCACCUUGUAGUCAUGCAGAUGGACAGUUUCCCCCAGUACAGCCCCAAAAUGCAGUUGGUGUGUUGCAAAGCCAUAGUGAAAGUUUUCCUGGCCUUGGCAGAAAAAGGACCAGUUCUCUGGAAUUGCAUUAGUACUGUUGUGCAUCAAGGUUUAAUCAGAAUAUGUUCUAAACCAGUGAUCCUUCAAAAGGGUGGUGUGCCUGAGCCCGAGGACCGUCCUGCGUCAGGGGAAGUUAGAACCGGCAAAUGGAGAGUACCCACAUACAAAGACUAUUUGGAUCUUUUUAGAAAUCUCCUGAGCUGUGACCAGAUGGGUUCUGUUUUAGCAGAUGAAGCAUUUCUCUUAGUGAAUUCCUCCCUUCAAAGUCUGAAUCGCUUGCUGUAUGAUGAAUUCGUAAAAUCUGUUUUGAAGAUUAUCGAGAAAUUGGACCUUACACUGGAAAAGCAGAAUGUUGGGAAACAAGAGGUUGCAAAUGAAGCUGCUGGUGUCUGGGUGAUCCCGACUUCAGAUCCGGCUGCUAACCUGCAUCCUGCUAAACCCACAGACUUCUCAGCUUUCAUCAACCUGGUGGAAUUUUGCAGGGAGAUUCUUCCUGAGAAACACGUAGAAUUUUUUGAGCCGUGGGUAUGCUGCUUUGCAUAUGAAUUGAUUCUGCAGUCUACACGGUUGCCACUCAUUAGUGGUUUCUACAAAUUGCUUUCUGUUGCUAUGAGAAAUGCCAAGAAAAUAAAAUAUUUCAAGGGUAUAGAUCCAAAGAGUCAGAAACAAUCUCCUGAGGACCCAGAAAAGUAUUCUUGCUUUGCUCUGUUUGCAAAAUUUGGUAAAGAGGUGGCAGUUAAAAUGAAGCAGUACAAAGAUGAACUCCUGGCCUCCUGUUUGACCUUUGUCCUGGCCCUGCCACAUGACAUCAUUGAACUUGACGUCAGAGCCUACGUCCCCGCAUUGCAGAUGGCUUUUAAACUGGGCCUGAGCUAUACCCCGUUGGCGGAAGUAGGCCUGAAUGCCCUAGAGGAGUGGUCAGUUUACAUCAGCAAGCACGUAAUCGAGCCCUAUUACAAGGACAUUCUGCCCAGCCUUGAUGGGUAUCUGAAAACUUCAGCCUUACCAGAUGAGACCAGGAAUAACUGGGGAGUGUCAGCACUUUCUCGGGCCGCCCAGAAAGGACAUGCUAGAGAUGUGUUAAAGUACCUGAAAAGGACAAAGGACAUAUCAUCGCAUGAAGCGCUGUCCUUAGAAGAAAUACGGGUUCGAGUUGUGCAAAUGCUUGGCCGUCUUGGGGGACGAAUCAACAAAAACCUCAUAACAGCGGCGUCCCCCGAGGAGAGGGCCCGGGGCUGGGUGGCCUGGGACCGAGAGAGGAGGCUCAGCUUCGCGGUGCCCUUUGCGGACAUGAAGCCCAUCGUCUACCUGGACCCGUUCCUGCCUCGUGUCACAGAGCUGGCACUUUCGGCCGGCGACAGACACACCAAAGUUGCGGCCUGUGAGCUUCUGCACAGCAUGGUUAUGUUUAUGCUGGGGAAAGCCACUCAGAUGCCUGACGGUGGCCAGGGUCCCCCACCCAUGUACCAGCUCUAUAAGCGCACUUUUCCUGUGCUGCUUCGACUGGCAUGUGAUGUAGAUCAGGUGCCGAGGCAGCUGUACGAACCUCUAGUCAUGCAGCUGAUUCACUGGUUCACCAACAAUAAGAAGUUUGAGAGUCAGGACACUGUUGCCUUACUGGAAACAAUCCUGGAUGGAAUUGUCGACCCCUUUGACAGUACUUUAAGAGAUUUUUGUGGUCGGUGUAUUCAAGAAUUCCUCAAAUGGUCCAUUAAGCAGACGACACCGCAGCAGCAGGAAAACAGUCCAGUAAACACCAAGUCACUUUUCAAGCGACUGUACAGCUUUGCACUUCACCCCAAUGCUUUCAAGAGACUGGGAGCAUCGCUUGCUUUUAAUAACAUCUACAGGGAAUUCAGGGAGGAAGAGUCCCUGGUGGACCAGUUUGUGUUCGAAGCCUUGGUUACAUACGUGGAAAGCCUGGCCUUAGCACAUGCGGAUGAGAGGACCUUGGGCACCGUCCAGCAAUGCUGCGAUGCUGUUGAACACCUGGGGCGCAUCAUUGAGAAGAAGCACGUUUCUUUAAAUGAAGCAAAAAAGCGACGCUGUCCCCGUGGCUUUCCUCCUGCGGCAUCCUUGUGUUUAGGGGACGUGGUCCGGUGGCUUUUCACCAGCUGUGGGAGGCCCCAGACGGAGUGUCGACACAAAUGCAUGGAGCUCUUUUAUAAGCUUGUGCCUCUUCUGCCAGGCAACAAAUCCCCUUGCCUGUGGCUGAGAGAUCUGAUCCAGGAGGAGGGCACGUCCUUCCUCAUAACCACCUUCGAGGGAGGAGGAGCCUGCGCGCCGCCCUCUGGCAUCCUGGCCCAGCCCACCUUCCUGCACCUGCGCGGGCCCUUCCGCCUGCGCUACGUCCUGCAGUGGAUGGACGCACUGCUGGCUGCGCUCGAGAGCUACAACACCUUCCUGGGCGCCGGGACCCUUAGCGCUGCCCACGUGCUGGGUACUGAAACACAGUCUUCACUGUGGAAAGCAGUGGCUUUCUUCUUAGAACGCAUUGCUCUGCAUGAUAUUACUGUGGCAGAAAAGUGCUUUGGUGCCGGGGCCUCAGGUGACAGACCCAGCCCACAGGAGGGAGAAAGAUACAAUUACAGCAAAUGCACGGUGGUGGUCCGGGUCCUGGAGUUCUGUACGACUCUGCUGGGCGCCUCCCCUGACAGCUGGAAGCUCCUCGGGAAGGAUUCGUGCAGCACAGACCUUGUGAAGCUCCUGGUGAGAACGCUGUGUGCACCCUCGAGCGUGGGCUUCAACGUUGGGGACGUGCGGGUGAUGGACCACCUCCCCGAUGUGUGUGUGGGCCUGCUGAAGGCCCUGAAGACGUCCCCGUUCCGGGACGCGCUGGAGACGUGCCUCAGGGAGGAGGUCACAACACAGAGCAUUGAGGAGCUGUGUGCUGUUGACCUGUACGGCCUGGACGCUCACGUGAGCAGGGCCAGGCUGACGUCUGUCGUGUCGGCGUGUAAGCAGCUUCACAGGGCUGGCUUGCUGCAUGUUAUAGCACAGCCUCAGUCUGCAGAGCAGCAGCAUCCUCUCGGCACAAAGCUGCUUUCCCUGGUGUAUGAGAGCAUCGCACCUGGAGUCGAAGGGCAGUGCCUGCCUUCACUGGACCCCGGCUGCAGGCGGUUUGCCAGUGGACUUCUGGAGUUGGCCUUUGCGUGCGGCGGGCUGUGUGAGCACCUGGUGGGUCUUCUCCUGGACACAGCAGUGGUGUCCAUGCCAUCCUCCGGAGGGUCCCAGAGGGGCAUCGUCAGCUUCUCUCAUGGACAGUAUUUCUACAGCUUGUUCUCAGAAACAAUAAACACUGAAUUGUUGAAAAACCUAGAUGUUGCUGUAUUGGAACUCGUGAAAUCAUCUGUGGAUAAUCCCAAAAUGGUAAGCACCGUUCUGAAUGGUCUGUUGGAUCAGAGCUUCAGGGACCGAGCCAGCCAGAAGCACCAAGGCUUGAGACUGGUGGGUACCAUCCUGCAGAGCUGGAGGAGCUGCGACUCGUGGUGGGCCAGGGAUGCCUCCCCAGACAGGAAAACGGCCAUGCUGACCUUACUGGCAAAAAUCUUGCAGAUUGAUUCAUCUGUAUCUUUUAAUACAAAUCACAGUGCAUUCCCAGAAGUUUUUACAACAUACCUUAGUCUACUUGCUGAUCCGAAUUUGGGUCUACAUUUAAAGGGCCAGGCUCUGGUUCUGCUCCCCUUCUUCACCAGCCUCACGGGAGGCUGCCUACAGGAGCUGAAGCACGUUCUCGAGAAGCUCAUCGUCUCUAAUUUCCCUAUGAAGUCGGAAGAGUUUCCCCCAGGCACUCUGCGGUACAAUAAUUACGUGGACUGUAUGAAAAAGUUUCUGGACGCGCUGGAGUUGUCUCAGAGUCCUGUGCUGUUGGAGCUGAUGACAGACCUCCUUUGCCGGGAACAGCAGCAUGUGAUGGAAGAAUUAUUUCAGUCCACUUUCAGGAACGUUGCCAGAAAGAGUUCGUGUGUCACACAGUUAGGCCUUCUGGAAAGCGUGUACCAGAUGUUCAGGAGGGGCGACCUGCUGCCCAGCGCCACCCUCCAAGCGACUGUGGAUCGAGCUCUCCUCACUCUGCUGUGGCACUGUGGCUUGGAUGCUUUGAGAGACUUCUUUAGCAGAAUUGUGGUGGACGCCAUCAAUGUGUUGCAGUCCAGAUUUAUAAAGCUGAAUGAAUCUACCUUUGAUACUCAAAUCACCAAGAAGAUGGGCUAUUUCAAGAUGCUCGAUGUGAUGUACUCUCGCCUCCCGAAGGAUGAUGUUCACUCUCAGGAAUCCAGAAUCAAUCAAGUGUUCCAGGGCUCAUGCGUCACAGAAGGAAACGAACUUACGAAGACACUUAUUAAGCUGUGCCACGCCGCCUUCACGGAGAACAUGGCGGGGGAGGCGCGGCUGCUGGAGCGCCGGCGGCUGUACCACUGCGCCGCCUACAACUGCGCUGUGGCGGUCGUCCGCUGCGUCUUCACAGAGCUCAGGUUCUACCAGGGCUUCCUGUUCAGCGAGAAGCUGGAGAAGAACUUGCUAAUUUUCGAGAACCUGAUAGACCUGCGGCGCUGCUACGCGUUUCCCGUGGAAGUGGAGGUUCCUGUGGAAAGAAAGAAGAGAUAUGAUGAGAUCAGGAGAGAAGCCAGGGAAGCAGCCAGCGGGGAUUCAGAUGGCCCCCACUAUAUGUCUUCCCUGCCGUCUCUGGCGGACAGCAGCCUGAGCGAGGAGAUAAGUCAGUUUGACUUUUCCACCGGCGUUCAGAGCUACUCGUACGGCUCCCAAGACCUGCAGGCCACCACUGGGUAUUUCCGGAGACGGGAGCAUCCAGACCCUGAGGUCCCAGGCGACGUGCUGGAGUUGGAGAUGGACGAGCUGAAUCAGCACGAGUGCAUGGCCCGCAUGGCGUCCCUGGUCCGGCACAUGCAGAGGCUGCAGGCGGCCCUGCCGGGAGAGGAGGGUUCGGUGCCGAGCCUUCCUCCUUGGAUGAGAUUUCUUCACGACAAACUAGGGAAUCCAUCGGUAUCACUAAAUAUACGUCUCUUCUUAGCUAAGCUUGUUAUUAAUACAGAAGAAGUCUUCCGGCCUCAUGCAAAGCACUGGAUCGGACCCCUGCUGCAGCUGGUGGUCUCUGAAAACAACGGUGGGGACGGGAUCCACUACAUGGUGGUUGAGAUCGUGGCCACGGUUCUUUCUUGGACGGGAGUAGCCACUCCUGUGGGGGUCCCUAAAGAUGAAGUGUUAGCAAAUCGAUUGCUUCAUUUUCUAAUGAAACAUGUUUUUCAUCACAAAAGAGCUGUGUUUCGACAUAACCUCGAGAUUAUAAAGACCCUUGUUGAGUGCUGGAAGGGUUGUUUAUCCAUCCCUCACAGGUUAAUAUUUGAAAAGUUUUCCAGUAAAGACCCUAAUUCUAAAGACAAUUCCAUAGGAAUCCAGCUACUAGGCAUUGUGGUAGCCAAUGGCUUGCCUCCCUAUGACCCAAAAUGUGGCAUCGAAAGUGUAAAGUACUUCCAAGCUUUGGUCCAUAACAUGUCCUUAGUCAAAUAUAAAGAGGUGUACGCAGCAGCAGCAGAAGUUCUGGGACUUAUUCUUCGAUACCUUACUGGGAGAGAAAAGAUGCUGGAGGAGUCUGUGUGUGAUCUGGUGGUAAAGCAGUUGAAGCAGCAUCAGAGCACGAUGGAGGACAAAUUUAUCGUCUGCCUGAACAGAGUCACGAAGAACUUCCCUCCUCUUGCCGACAGGUUCAUGAACACCGUGCUCUUCCUGCUGCCGCGGUUCCAUGGUGUGAUGAAGACACUGUGUCUGGAGGUGGUGUUGUGUCGCGCAGAGGAGGUAGCGGACCUGUACCUGCAGCUGAAGAGCAAGGAUUUCGUUCAGAUCAUGAGACACAGAGAUGAUGAGAGACAGAAGGUGUGUUUGGACAUAAUGUACAAGGUGAUGGUAAGACUGCAGCCCGCGGAGCUGCGGGUCCUCCUGAGUGCCGUGGCGGAGUUCCUCUCUCACCCCUCUGUGCUGUGCCGUGAGCGGAUGUACCGCGUCCUCAUGUGGGUGCACGACAAUUACCGAGAUCCUGAGAGCCAGGCAGAUGAUGACUCCCGGGAAAUAUUCAAGUUGGCGAAAGAUGUGUUGAUCCAAGGAUUGACGGAUGAGAACCCUGGGCUCCAGUUAAUUAUUAGGAACUUCUGGAGCCACGAAACUAGGUUGCCGUCAAAUACCUUGGACCGCUUGCUGGCCCUGAGUUCCUUAUAUUCUCCUAAGAUAGAAGCGCGCUUCUUAAGUUUAGCGACAGAUUUUCUGCUUGAAAUGACCAGCAUGAGCCCUGACUUCCGGAGCCCCAUGUUUGAGCACCCGCUGUCAGAGUGUGAGUUUCAGGAAUAUACCAUUGACCCCGACUGGCGCUUCCGGAGUACGGUCCUCACGCCGAUGUUCGUGGAGACCCAGGCCUCCCCGAGUGUGCUCCAGACCCGGACCCAGGAUGCAGCCCCGUCGGCCCGGGGGACAAUGGCAGGGCAGGUGCGGGCCACCCAGCAGCAGCACGACUUUACAGCCACACAGAGUGCAGGGGGAAGAGGCUCCUUCCACUGGCUGACAGGGGACAGCAUUGCCUCACUGGGGGAUGACUCGGCCUCCGCCACGGCCGAGUCCCCGUCCUCGUCCUUGCUGUUUGCUCACCAGAGGCCUGAGAGGCCCCGCGGGGCAGCCCUGAAGCCAGUGGGACCUGAUUUUGGGAAGAAAAGGCUGGGCCUCCCUGGGGACGAGGUGGAUAAUGGAGCGAAAGGGCCAGACAAUCGGGCAGAGAUCCUGCGGUUACGCAGACGAUUUUUAAAGGACCGAGAAAAACUGAGCUUGAUUUAUGCCAGGAAAGGUGUUGUUGAGCAAAAGCGAGAGAAGGAGAUGCAGAGCGAGCUGAAACUGAGGCAGGAGGCCCAGGUCGUCCUGUACAGGAGUUACCGCCGUGGAGACCUUCCCGACAUCCAGAUCCCGCACAGCGGUCUCAUCACCCCCUUGCAGGCCCUGGCCCAGAGAGACCUGCUUGUCGCGAAGCAGCUCUUCAGCAGCCUGUGCUCAGGGAUCCUGAAGGAGACGGACAAGUACCGGACCGUGUCAGAGAGGCAAGGCGCUGCCCAGAAGCUGCUGCAGGACUUUACGCACCUUCUUAGCACCACCUUCCUCUUCUUCCCACCGUUUGUGUCCUGUAUCCAGGAGGUCAGCUGCCGACAUGCUGACCUGCUGGAGCUCGACCCAGCCUUGGUGAGUGGCGCCGGCCUGGCGGGCCUGCAGCAGCCCGGGGCCAUCCGCCUGCUGGAGGAGGCGCUGCUGCGCCUGGCACCCCGGGAGCCGCCCGCCAAGCGUGCUCGGGGGAGGCCCGGCCUGCCCCCUGACGUCGGCAGGUGGAUGGAACUUGCCAGACUGUACAGGUCUAUUGGAGAGUAUGAUGUCCUCCGAGGUAUUUUCAGCAGUGAGAUAGGCACGAAGCAGGUCACGCAGGACGCGCUGUUGGCGGAAGCGAGAAGUGAUUAUUCCGAAGCCGCACGGCUGUAUAAUGAGGCCCUCAAUAAACCGGCAUGGGAAGAUGGCGAGCCUACGGAAGCCGAGAAGGACUUCUGGGAGCUCGCAUCCCUCGACUGCUACAACCAGCUGGCAGAGUGGAAAUCGCUGGCGUACUGCUCCAUGGCCGGCACUGCCGGCGAGGGCGCCCCGGACCUCAGCAGGAUGUGGAGUGAACCCUUCUACCAGGAGACCUGCCUGCCAUACAUGAUCCGCAGCAAGCUCAAGUCCCUGCUCCGCGGGGAGGGCGACCAGGUGCUGCUGACCUUCGUGGACGAGGCGGUGACCUCGGAGCUGCGGAAGGCCCUGCUCGAGCUCCGCUACAGCCAGGAGCUGAGUCUCCUCUACAUCCUGCAAGACGACCUCGACAGGGCCAAGUAUUACAUCGACAAUUGCAUUCAAAUGUUUAUGCAGAAUUAUUCUAGUAUUGAUGUCCUUUUACACAGAAGUAGACUCACCAAAUUGCAGUCUGUACAGACUUUCAUAGAAAUUCAGGAGUUCAUCAGCUUUAUUAGCAAACAAGGUAAUUUAUCAUCUCAAGUUCCCCUUAAGAGGCUUCUAAAAACCUGGACAAAUAGAUAUCCGGAUGCUAAAAUGGACCCAAUGAACGUCUGGGAUGAUAUCAUCACGAAUCGAUGUUUCUUUCUCAGCAAAAUAGAGGAGAAGCUCACUCUGCUCCCAGACGGUGGUGGUGUGAGUGAGGGCGAGGAUGGGAUGGAUGUCCAGGCUCAGGAGGAAGACGCUCAGCUUCUGAUCUCGAGCUGCAAGUUCUCCAUGAGGCUGGAGAUGGUCGAGAGUGCGCGGAAGCAGAACAAUUUCUCACUUGCCAUGAAACUGCUGAAGGAGCUGCACAGAGAGUCAAAAUUGCGGGCGGACUGGCUGGCGGGGUGGGUGUGGAGCUACUGCCGGCUCAGCCACAGCCGGGCCCAGGCCCAGCGCUGGCCCGAGCAGCUCUGCACGGCGCUGCGGACGGCGUCCUUGCUGGAUGAGAACACACCCAGCUAUUUGAGCAAAAACGCUGUGGCUUUCCGUGACCAUAGUAUUCUCCUGGGCACGACGUACAGGGUCAUGGCCGACGCGCUCAGCAGCGAGCCUGCCUGCCUUGCUGGGAUGGAGGAGGGCAAGGCCAGGAGAGUCGUGGAACUUUCUGGGUCCAGCUCAGAGGACGUAGAGAAGGUUACGGCAGGUCUGUACCAGAGAGCGUUCCACCACCUGUCUGAGGCCGUGCGGACAGCGGAAGAGGAGGCCGGGCCCUCAGCGCGGGGCCAGGGGCCUGCGUGUAGGCUGACAGCGGCUUACCUGACGCUGGUGGAGUUCUGCGACCAGCAGCUUCGCAGGGAGGAGGAGGGCCCGUCCGUCCUGGAGGCGGCAGCACUGCACACGUACGCAGCGCUCGUGGUGGACAACAUGCUGAAAGCACUGAAGUUACACUCCAGCGAGGCCAGGCUGCGGGUCCCCCGACUCCUGCAGGUUGUCGCACAGUAUCCAGAGGAGACCCUGAGCCUGAUGGCCAGCAAGAUGCCUUCCGUUCCCUGCUGGCAGUUCAUCGGCUGGGUCAGCCACAUGGUGGCCCUGCUGGACAAGGAGGAGGCUGUUGCCAUCCAGCGCACCGUGGAGGACCUUGCCGACCACUACCCACAGGCCAUCGUGUACCCGUUCACCAUCAGCAGUGAAACUUAUUCCUUCAGAGACACUUCUGCUGGUCAUAAGAACAAGGAGUUUGUGGCCAGGGUUAAAGCAAAGCUGGACCGAGCGGGAGUGGUUCAGGAUUUCAUCCACGCCCUGGAGCAGCUCUCCAACCCCGAGAUGCUCUUCAAGGACUGGACAGAGGACAUGAUGGUUGAACUAGGAAAAAACCCUGUAAAUAAAAAGAACGUUGAGAGGAUGUAUAAGAGAAUGUACGCAACCUUGGGAGACCCCCAGGCUCCAGGGCUCGGGAGUUUUCGAAGGAUGUUUAUUCAGGCUUUUGGAAAAGAAUUUGAUAAAUACUUUGGGAGAGGAGGUGCUAAGCUCCCUGGCAUGAAGCUCCGGGACUUCUGUGCCAUCAUCAGCUUGCUGCUUGAGAGGAUGAGCAGGGGCGCGAAGGAGCCGGGGAACCUGAAGGAAUGCUCGCCCUGGCUGAGCGACUUCAGGGUGGAGCUCCUGAGGGAUGAGCUGGAGGUUCCUGGUCAGUACGACGGCAGAGGGAAGCCGAUGCCUGAGUACCACGCCCGCAUCGCCGGCUUCGACGAGCGGGUGAAAGUGAUGGCCUCGAUCAGAAGGCCGAAGCGCAUUGUGGUGCGCGGACACGACGCACGCGAGUUCCCCUUCCUUGUCAAGGGCGGUGAGGACCUGCGGCAGGACCAGCGCAUCCAGCAGCUGCUGCAGGUCAUGAACGGCCUGCUUGUCCGCGACGCCGCCUGUGGCCAGAGGGGCCUGCGGGUGACGACUUACGGCGUGGUGCCCAUGACCUCCAGGUUGGGGCUGAUUGAAUGGCUUGAAAACACCUGCACCUUGAAGGAACUUCUUCUGAGCAGCAUGUCACGGGAGGAGAAGGCAGCCUACAGCAGUGACCCCCAGGCGCCGGCGUUUGAGUACAGAGACUGGCUGCGGAAAAUGUCGGGAAGGGGUGACGUCGGGGCCUACGCGCUCAUGUUCAGGGGAGCGAGUCGCACUGAAACCGUCACAGCUUUUAGAAAAAGAGAAAGUAAAGUGCCAGGUGAUCUCUUAAAGCGGGCCUUCCUGAAGAUGAGCACUGGCCCCGAGGCCUUCCUGGCCCUGCGCAGCCACUUCGCCUGCUCGCAUGCGGUGCUGUGUGUGGGCCACUGGGUGCUGGGCAUCGGCGACCGGCACCUGAACAACUUCAUGGUGCGCCUGGACACGGGCGGCGCCAUCGGGAUCGACUUUGGACACGCAUUCGGGUCGGCCACACAGUUUCUGCCGGUCCCUGAGCUGAUGCCUUUCCGUCUUACGCGCCAGUUCGUCAACCUGAUGCUGCCCCUGAAGGAGACGGGGCUCGUGGCCAGCGUCAUGGUGUGCACGCUGCGGGCCUUGCGUGCGCGCCCAGGCCUGCUCACCACCACCAUGGACGUGUUUGUGAAGGAGCCGUCCUUUGACUGGAAGAAUUUUGAACAGAAAAUGCUAAAAAAAGGAGGAUCAUGGAUUCGAGAAAUAAAUGUAACUGAAAAAAAUUGGUAUCCCCGGCAGAAGAUACAUUAUGCUAAGAGAAAGUUAGCAGGUGCCAAUCCAGCAGUUAUUACCUGUGAUGAGUUACGUCUGGGCCAUGAGCAGGUGCCUGCCUUUGAGCACUACGUGGCCGUGGCACGAGGAAGCCGAGACCACGACAUCCGUGCCCAGGAGCCAGAGAGUGGACUUUCAGAAGAGGCCCAAGUGAAGUGCUUGCUUGACCAGGCAACAGACCCCAACAUCCUCGGCAGGACUUGGGGAGGGUGGGAGCCCUGGAUGUGAGGUCCCCUGGAGUCAGCAGAUAAAGGGCAUGCGGGUGUUUAGAGCGUGUCCUAAACGUUGAUCCAAGCGAUCCGUGGGCUGACCUUCCUGAAGCACUGAAGAGAAGGGGUUUACUGACACACUUGUGUCACGAGUUUAAUCAAGGUUGUGAUGAAGACAUGAAUGCUGGCGUGGGUGAGUGACUAGGCCACAAUUCAAGAUUAGGUCGGGGUUAAACGGGUGUAGAAGAGAAGUACAUAUGCAGGCUUGUGCGAGCACGGAAUCAAGACCAUAGCAGAUGGCAGGUGCUGCGCGCCGAGCCGACCGGCCGCUGUCUCGGUUAAUGGUGGGGAGAGCACUCCACGUGCCGUGCUCGUCUGCAGGCGCAGCGCCUUGGAAACCACGCCUGGGAGACUUUGUCCCCAAGACUUUGUGAGAGUGACUGACAGGAUGUGAGCGACAUUAGCAGCGCAGGAGUAAGAACAGGUCAGGCUACAAGUAUGGCUUAUAUUUAGAAAAGAUUGUAUUUGACAUUUUAGGAUAUUUUUUAGGGUUUUUUUUCUUUCACAUUUUUUCUUGUGGUUUUGACAUUCUAUGAUAGAAUUGUUCUCUAGAAGUAUUUAGGAGAGAGAAAAACCUUGCUCUUAGCACUCAUUUUUGCUACUCUGAUCACAACAGGGAGGUGGAUAAAAGAGCUUUGCAUCCCAGACUCAGGAAAGCUUCAAAAAUUCCAAGUAUGAAAGUAGGGAUGGCACUAAGCCUUCCAGUUCUGGGAAAAUGAGAGAAAUCCCUGUUGGAAGUGAACCCUUACUUGGAGAUAAAACAUGCAUUCUAGAGCAGCCAGAUCAAGUUAUGAAAUACAGAAACAGCAUCCUCUCCACUUACAGAGCCUCUGUCCACCCUUGUCUUCUGCACCUGGAGCCGAUUUCAGGUUGGCUUUGAGCUUUUUGUUAUUGUUUUUUUCAAACAUUUCUGGUUAGAAACUCUGUUAUGAUUUUGGCAAAUAGUAAAUAUUAAGACUAAGGAACAUUAAAAUUUUUUUCCCAAA